UCAGCUACCUGGGAGUCUCUUGUCCUCUCUGCACUCUGGACGCUGGCCACCGCCGCUGCCAUGAAAACUCAUUACUUUCUCCUGGUGAUGUUAUUUUUUCUCUUCUCCCAGAUGGGGCCAGGUGCUGGUCUUCUCACAAGUCUUGGCCGCAGAACAGACCAAUACCGAUGCCUCCAACAUGGAGGAUUCUGUCUUCGCUCCAGUUGCCCUUCUCAUACCAGACUACAGGGAACCUGUAAACCAGAGAAACCUAACUGUUGUAGGAGUUGACAGUGAUUUGAAGAAUGAACAUAAAAGACAAGUGAGGGACAAACCAUUAGUAUUUUA